AUGUCACCUCAUCCUCACCGGGUGGCAAAACUGGGACUGGCUCCUCUGAGGCAGGGAGAGGGCGACCAGCUGCUGGGGAUUCCAGUGACGCCGGCGAACUCCGGAGAAUGCAUCAUCUGUCAGCAAACCCUGUUUCCAAAUCCUCUCGGAUUUCACUGUGGAGGUUGUGAGCAGCUACCAUGACGUACACCAACACCAGCACACUGACAGCCAACGUCAGUGGCGUUCCUGAUGGCUACGACUCCGGGGGAAACAUUUACCGGCCCUUCUCGGUUUUCAGCGUGCUCACCCUCACGUUGCUGGCCAUGCUGGUGGUGGCCACCUUUGUGUGGAACCUGCUGGUGCUGGUGACCAUCCUGCGGGUGAGGACGUUCCACCGGGUGCCCCACAACCUGGUGGCCUCCAUGGCCAUCUCGGACGUGAUGGUGGCGGCGCUGGUCAUGCCGCUCAGCCUGGUGCACGAGCUGAACGGCAGGCUGUGGAAGCUGGGCCGCGUGCUGUGCCAGAUGUGGAUCUCGUUCGACGUGCUCUGCUGCACGGCCAGCAUCUGGAACGUGACGGCCAUCGCCUUGGACCGCUACUGGUCCAUCACCAGGCACCUGCAGUACACGCUCAAGACUCGYAAAAAGAUUUCCAACGUGAUGAUCGCGCUCACCUGGCUGCUGUCCUCCAUCAUCUCUCUGUCGCCGCUCUUUGGGUGGGGGGAGACGUACUCGGAAGGGAUGAAGUGCCAGGUGAGCCAGGAACCGUCCUACACCAUCUUCUCCACCUUCGGAGCGUUCUACCUCCCACUUUGUGUGGUUCUYUUUGUGUACUGGAAGAUCUACAAGGCUGCAAAGUUUCGGAUUGGCACCCGCAAGACGAACACCAUCACGCCCAUGGCUGAGGUAAAGAAUGAUGCCCAACAGCCCCAGAUGGUGUUCACUGUGCGCCACGCAACCGUGACCUUCCAGACAGAUGGGGACACAUGGCGCGAGCAGAAGGAGAAGAAGGCGGCCCUUAUGGUUGGAAUUCUGAUCGGCGUGUUYGUGCUUUGCUGGAUCCCCUUCUUCAUCACGGAGCUUAUAGUGCCGCUGUGCUCCUGUGACAUCCCRCCAAUUUGGAAGAGCAUCUUUUUGUGGCUGGGCUACUCCAAUUCCUUUUUUAACCCGCUCAUAUACACAGCCUUUAAUAAAAACUACAACAACGCUCUGAGGAACCUCUUCUCCCGGCAGCGCUGAGGCACGACACCAGCGCGUUGCGUUACUUUCCAAACAGACUAUUCUGUUUGUCAUUUCAUCAUAACGUUAAACCGAUGAUAACCAGAAACUGUCCAUGAAAAUGAUAAUAAAAAAAUACUAUCUUGUUUUAUUUUUUAUUUUAUUUAUUUAGGAAGUCGCCUCCCCUCUGGACUGAGAUGGAUGGCUUUCUUCAAAGUGAGAAAAUACUUUGCCAUGCUGUGACAGCACUGUUUACCAGUUGAUUUUCACUCUUUCAGCCUAAGAAGGGAGAAAAACAUGCAAACAUCCGUAAAAAAACUGUUUCAUCAUCACAUCUGAGGCUGCCAGAAAUCCAAAUAUUGCAGAGAGAUGUUUAAAGAAAUGUAAGAAGAAAACUAAAUGAACCUCAUAAAUAUUAUGCCAAGAAAUAACUGUUGAGUCUCUGCAGAAAGAUGUACAUUAAAUUGGUCAUUAUAGAUACCAUUUCACGCUGAACAACAAGUUUAAUUAUAAAAAURAUGAACUACUGACACUGAAAUCCCUCCAAGAAACCCAUAAGCUGCUUAAACAYAUUCACUUUAAAUCUGCAUGAUUUUUCAUUGCCGUCAUUUUCAAGUACACUUGCUGAUAAAGGUACAUUGUGUCCUCUGAUGCUAAAUACCACCCACACAUACUGUAAGUCCACACACAUACACUCCUUGUAAAAAAUAAAAAGUAAAAAAAAUAACUGCAGCACAAGUCAUUUCCUCAAACAAACUGCUCUGAAGAGGAAAAAUGGUAGGAUCAGUGCCAUCACUGGAAACAGAAAACGUGUUUAAUCUUAAGACAAACUCAUUCCCCAUCGCAGAGUUUUAACAAAAAUAAUCUCACUCUGAACCAGCAUUUAUUGGUUUCUGCCUUUGCCACUGCUCAACCUUUCCUCCAAGCUUUAUUCAAGUCUAAAAGUUUUUUUUUCCUGAAAUAUUUUGCACAAAAACAAGCAGCAGAAAAAAAACAGACCUUUUUGAAGCUCACCUCUGCAGAGGAAUUAGUUUGCACUGAAAGCAGGAAGCCUUGGCACAGAACUAAUGUAUAAAGGUUUGAGACGACAAAAACAAUUGAAAUAGGAAAUAAUAUGUUGCAGCACAAGUUGUAAUGAGAGKUUUGGAGAGUAUACACAUUUGUUAGUGGGGUUUAAGACAUGCUGUGAGAAAUGGGUUUGUGAAGAAGAAAAGCUAAUGUCAUAAAACAUCCCUAAUGUGCUCCAAAGAUUUCCACAUCAAAGAAGAAAAAGUCAUUUCUUGGUGUAGUGAUGGUUUUUAUUUGUGGAUGUUGAUUUUUGUACAAUAUGCCACCUUCUACUGCAAGUAUUCACCGGUGUAGAAUCACUGAGCGAAGCUUUUUUUUCACUUGUGUAUUACACCAUGUACUGUGAAGAAUCAAGCAUGGGAAACUGAUUCUCAGCAAAUASCUGUGCUACAUGUAGUUGUGUUACAUUGGAGUAUUUUGCACCAUUUUUUCAUGAAAGAUAAAUAAAUUGCAUUUCUUUAA